AUGUCUGCCACGCAGAAGCUCCAGCAGCACCCCGCUGUCCAGCAGGCUCAGGUCAAGGCUACCUACUACAUCAACCAACUCGACAAAGAGUUGUCAAAAUACUCCGUCUUCAACGCCUUUGAGCAGCGAACCCAGGUGCCGAAGAGCUAUGCCUUCCUCGGCGCCGUCUUCGUCCUCGCCGUCUUCCACUCGAUCAACGCGUUCGCGGCUCCCGUCUCCAACCUCAUUGGCUGGGGCCUCCCCGCGUAUCUCUCCGUCAAGGCGCUCGAGACUCCUGGCCAUCAGGAUGACAUCCAGUGGCUCACGUACUGGGUCGUCUUUGGCUUCUUCAACUUUACGGAAAGCUUCGCGCUGCGCGUUGUGCUCUACUACUUCCCGUGGUACUUCGCCUUCAAGACCCUCUUCAUCCUCUGGCUCCAGCUCCCCGCAUUCCGCGGCGCUCAAGCUCUGUAUGGAACCGUCGUGAAGCCCGUGUUUGUGAACGUGCACCAGAAGGCGAGCUCGGGCACCACGACUUCAGCCGAGGCGACCGUGACGGCUGAUGGCCUGCGUGACCGUGUCGCCACGGCGACGGAAUGA